CUCUCCGAUUUUUUUUUUCUCUCCCUCUCUCUCUAAAGGCGAACAGGACAUGAUCUCACAUGUAGCGAGCUCUUUUAGUUCCUUAAUCAUUUCACGGUUUGUUCAGAGCCUUUUCUCCACCUAAAACGUUUAGUUUCGGAUCAAUGGGCAGCACCAAAGACGCGACGGGGUAGCGGAAGAGUCAAAUUAUUCGGAGCCGACAAAAACACGCACACACACCGAAACGGGGCAACUUUUCUUCCAAUCUUUUCACAAAGGAUUCGAAAUCCCAGAACUAGCAUGGAAAAAAAUAGCAGCGCGCUCAGGAGUGUCCGAUCAGAAGACUUUCGGAUGAUUGGUUAAUGCUGAAACGGACCUGCCUAUGAUUGGCCGCCUUUCACAGACGGGGGCGGAUCAUGCGUGAAUGACGAAUAACUUGACCGAGGAUUGGCUCACCAGCAGAGCCCUUAAGCGUGGUUGGCUGCUGACGAGGAGGGCCACUCACUGAUUGGCCAGUGCUGUUGUGAUUGCCAGCGACUGGGGCUGAGCGGCGGGCGGAGCCUGGGGCGACUCACCGCGGGCUCAGCCACAUUUAAACACUAUGGAGGAGAGUGAGCGCCACUGAAUACAGAGCAGGGGGCCAGCGCACUCCGGGGAAACGGGAAACCCGCCUUCACACACACACAGCGGACAAAUUGCAUAGGAAAACGCCAAAAAAAGCUGGAAUUCAUAAAGGAAUUUUUUUUCCGGUUUCGAACGAUUUCGAAGUUAAAAUUCACUGCUGUCACUGGGUAGCAAUUGGAUCUCUUUUUUGGGGGCAAUGAAUUGCAUUUGUCAAACUUAACUUUUACGUUCCUUGCACAAUCCGUCCGAAACCUUGUGGAUCACAAAGACAUAGGACCUGCAAUUAGUGGCUGGCAUCGAGACCUUCUUCUGGGUUUGCGUGGGGUGAUGUUCACCCCUCUUUUGUUUUUGGGAGUAUAGGUGAAGGGGUUAAAUCCAGACCAGGAAAUCGAGGUGUUCUCCGAGUUGAAGACCGGCUGCGCCUUUUCAUGGAAAUCCACUGUAAGCACGACCCGUUUGCAGCAAUGCAUAGGCACGGCGGGGUGAAUCAGCUCGGAGGGGUCUUUGUCAAUGGUCGUCCUCUCCCCGAUGUUGUCCGGCAGCGGAUCGUCGAGCUGGCCCAUCAAGGAGUGAGACCGUGUGACAUCUCCAGGCAACUCCGGGUGAGCCACGGCUGUGUCAGCAAGAUCCUGGGCAGGUAUUAUGAGACUGGAAGUAUUAAGCCAGGAGUAAUUGGAGGAUCCAAACCAAAGGUCGCUACACCCAAAGUGGUAGAUAAAAUCGCCGACUACAAGCGCCAAAACCCCACCAUGUUUGCCUGGGAGAUUCGAGAUAGACUGUUGGCAGAGAGAGUCUGUGACAAUGAUACAGUGCCUAGUGUCAGUUCUAUUAACAGGAUUAUUCGAACAAAGGUGCAGCAACCUCCAAACCAGCAAUCGCCGGUCACAUCCCAUACCAUAGCACCAAGCACAGUGGCAGUGACUCCUGUUCCAUCUGCUGCCACUGACCCUGCGGGAUCCUCCUACUCUAUCAGUGGCAUUCUGGGAAUCACACCUUCCGGUGCUGAGAAUAACAAGAGAAAACGCGAUGAAGGUGCUCAGGAAAACCCAAUGCACAACGGACACUCCCACCCAAGCCGGGAUUUUCUACGGAAACAGAUGAGGGGCGAACUCUUCACACAGCAGCAGUUAGAAGUGUUAGACAGAGUCUUUGAAAGACAGCACUAUUCAGACAUCUUCACAACCACAGAACAGAUCAAAUCAGAGCAGAGUGCAGACUAUUCCACCAUGGCAUCAUUGGCUGGGGGACUGGAAGAUAUGAAGUCGAGUCUAACAAAUUCAGCUGACAUUGGGACCAGUGUCCCAGGACCGCAGUCUUACCCCAUUAUAACAGGUCGCGAUUUGGCCAGCACGACUCUUCCUGGCUACCCUCCGCAUGUGCCCCCUGCUGCUCAGGGCAGUUACCCAGCCCCAACACUGACAGGAAUGGUGCCCGGAGGUGAUUUUUCUGGAAGUCCAUAUUCCCAUCCGCAGUACACGACUUAUAAUGACUCCUGGAGAUUUCCCAAUGCUGGAUUAUUAAGUUCCCCUUAUUAUUACAGCACAGCAACCCGAGGGUCAGCACCAGCGGCUGCUGCUACAGCCUAUGAUCGUCACUAGCUGGUGGGAGUGGGGUGGGGUGGAGGCAUGACCUGCAGGUAGUGAAGAAAUUGUGCACUUACAACACAUAUCAAUCAGGUCUGAGACAACAGGAAAUGUGUGAAGCUCAGAAGGUCAAAUGUGAACUUCCUGCAGGAUAAUCAAACUGGCUUUCGAAAGACUGCUGCCAAACAUUUGUUCUAGUCAUUGCAGAAUGACUGAAACUACUGACUUUGGACCCACACCAAUUGUUAACCAGGCAAUCGAUGGAGUGCAUCCAGUUGGUAACAAAGAAAGACUGUUCAAGUUUCUUUUUGAAUUAGGGUAAUGUGGUUUUCAAAAUGAGGGUAAUAUUUUAUUCCAUGUCAUAUUUUUUCUGAGAAAUGAUUUCAAACUGAGAAGCAGCAAAAGAACUGUCUAUAUUUAAAGAUCAUAAUUUGGAUUACUGAAUCACUGCACUUACAAGUAUUUGAAGACUGAUGUGGGGAAGAAACAAACUGUAGAAUAAUUACACACUGCAUCAUAUCACGGGAGCCUCAACCUUAAUCCUUUGUGUCCUAGAACAGCAUCUGCUUUUUAAAAAGAAGCUUCUUAAAACAUUUAUGACUUCUGAAAAAUUUCAGAAAAUAUUGCAUUUUGGUCAAUCCAGUUUGUGAAUUCUAAUUUAUCAAAUUUCAUGUUUAGAUUAAAUCACUGUUGUAUCAGUAUUACAAUAUGAUUUAGAAACGAAAUUGAAGUCUUCCUGCAUUCUGGGUUUAGAAGGCACUGAAUCACAACUGGUCUUGCGCUGAUGAUAGCAGGCACACAGGAUGACCAUGGAAAACUAAGCAGGUUCUGAACAUUGAGUUCAGAACUGGCCACUCACUUCCAUUGUAUCCAUAAGUCUGGUAUGAUAUGAGAAUCACUCAGUACCAAAUUCCUUUUUGAAACUGUGUGUAUGCGCUCUCUCUCUUUCUCUCUCUCUCUCUCACAUACCCAACACUGAAGACUUUGAUGUUAAUAGGGAGGUGAAAGGGAUGCAGGGGGUGUAAGGACCUUGAUGACUGUAACUCAGUAACACCUACAAGCAGAAGGAAGAUAAAGUCAUCUCCAAGUAUUAGUCAUGGGUCAUAUUUUUCAAAACUCAUUCAUGGGAUGGCUAGGCCAGCAUUUAUUGCCCAUCCCUAAUUGUGCCAGAGGGUAGUUAUGA